AUGUCACAGCCUAGCUCAAAUGGCGCAGCUACAGCAAAUUCUAAAAAAGGUACUUAUGGCCCACUGGCACAAGCACUGUACUUUCUGGUGUCCUUUUUCGAAGGAUACGACCAGCAGGUCUUAUCCAUGUGUAUGAGGGCUUUUGAGUUGACAUUGGGGUUUUCUCAGUCUCAGUUAUCUACGUUGGCAACCGUGUCUACCAUGUCUCGCAUGGGUUGCUGCAUAAUUUGGGGGUUGCUUGCAGACGCCCAUGAAUCGCAGUAUGUGCUUGGAGCUGGCUUGUUAGUAAUGGGCCUGGCUUCCAUUUUCCUAAGUUCCGCGUCGCACUACAAAAUUGUUUUUUUGCGAUUCUUACACGGGUUUGGCUUCGCGUGUGUUUACCCAGUGCAACAAAAAAUCGUCUCCGAAUCAACUGACUCGAAGGAAGCAGAGGAAGCAGCGAAGAAGGUUGAGGGUGCACAGAACCAGGGCAAAAAGCCGGAUGAAACAAGUAAGAAAAAGGAAUCGAAGGCAGCUAGUAAAAUAUUCAACUACCUUCAAGCGUUGAACUGCAUUGGACGAUUGCUAUGCGCCGUCAUAACUACGAUUAUUGCACGCAAAGUGUUAUUGGGGUAUUAUGGCUGGCGCACGUCGUACGUUGUGUUGGGUUAUGUCUGGAUAUUGUUCGGUAUUAGCAUCGUCUUUGGAAUGAAGUUAGAGAGAUGUGACGAUAAAAAUAACUCUGCUAACUCCGAAGAGAGAUUUAUUCAGCGUAUAUCGGGCGCCUUUUCGGCAGUUUUUAAUUGUAAGACAGCAGGGAUAUCUAUAUUUACCCUUUUCAUCGCAGAAGCGCCAAUGUGUGCGUUUAAUUAUAUGACUAUCUAUCUGCAAUAUUUGGGGGUAUCUGACACAAUGGCUGGUGUUGCGAUUGCUAUUACAUUGAUUGGCGGUGCAGUUGGUAGCGUAGCUGGUGGAAUAGCUAUAGAAAAAUUUGCCAAAACUCUACCGGAUUAUGGUGAACUCAUUUCUGGAUGCAUAGUGAUGAUAGUGCGAUUCGUUGUGUGUUUAUUAUUCUUCUUAGGCAAGUUGCCAUGUGGGAAGCUCCUUUGGUAUCAUUACGUAGAGUUGGCAACUCUUGGGGGAACGCUAGUAACUGUUGGUGGUGUGGAUAGGGCCAUUAUGAAGGAUUCAAUUGACGACAACCAUCAAGCAACAGCGUCUGCCAUCAUUCGAACCAUAUCAGGCAUUUCUAGUAGUGUAAUUCUCUUCCAAGUUUCCGCAUAUUUGACUGAAAAGGUGUUCGGCUAUGUUCCGUCUAGGGAGUCAUUCGACAUCAUGGCUACAGAAAUUAAAGAAAGGAAUGCCGAGGCCCUGCGGAAAUCGAUGAUGUACAUUAUUUUGGCAGGUACAUUACUAAACACACUGUGCUAUAUUCCGCUGUUUUUCACGUAUAAAACGGAAAGAAAAAGCAAAGACUCUCAGCAAACAACAGCACAAUAG